AUGGAUAGUGGCAGGAUCAACAGGAGGCCUUCAAGGCCGCCUCCUCGACUAAGAACCAAGACUGGCUGCCACAGGUGUAGGAUAAGACGGAAAAAAUGCGAUGAAGCACGCCCGAUCUGCAAUGCGUGCAGGAGACUCAAUCUCGAUUGCGCAUAUUCGGAUCCUUCAAGUCCUACGACGGCAUCGCAAACUUCUCCUAUCUCAUCCCCGGACAUUCGAAGCGAUGCGGCCAGAGACUCCCCGUUAUAUGCGUCAACAACGGUCCCGAUACUUCAGAGGGGUUUGAGUCAUAUGCCCAAGGGACUGAGGACUGAACGUGACUGGAACGUGUUCAACUAUUGUUCGACACAGUACAUCAGGCUGCUAACCUCGCCUGAAGCUACUUCGAACUUUCGGGAUGCCUCCGUUGUAUUUGCAAUUGGCUUUGAAGAGCCCUGGGUGAUGCAUUCUGCACUGGCCCCGGCGGCGCUGCAUGCCUCCUUUGCUUCCUUGCUCCCCAAGGAGGAUGCAAUGCUGUACGCCCAGAGUGGUCUCCAAGGGCUCCAACAGGCUCUCCAGCCAACAGCGGGACGAGCCCCUCCUGAAGACGCAUACCUUGGAGCUUCGCUAUUCCUCGGCAUUUUUGAGGGAGCCAGGAUCCUCGAAGAUCGGGUUCCAAAAAUCCCCCGUCUUGACAUUGGCCAGUUGUCAACCUUCCAUUCGACUAUUCUUGACUCGGUCCUGUAUCAUUUCUCCACGAGGUUGAUAUUCGAGAAGGACAUUGGCCCUAUCUGUGGGUCGUUUCCCUGUCAGACCGUCUUCAAGUACAUCGAAGCAUUGGAAGCGACAAAGAACGACAGACGCACCAAACCAUUUAUCCUGCCUGUACUCGGUCGGACGCCGCCAGCGCUAUUUGUUCAGAUAUACCAGAUUACGUGGUUGAGCAGGCAGAUACCUUUCUGUCGCAAUGAGCUCCAUGAGCUAGCUUCGCAGUGCCAGACCGAGCUGGGCGCCCUCACGACACACUAUCCGGUGAUGCUUCCUGACGAGGUGCCGUCCCUAGAGUCCACGGUCACGAUCAAUGUCAGGAACUCCGAGAUCGCGGCGAAGCUCUAUUACAUAGCGGCAACAAUCUUCGCCGCUAAAGUUCUGAAUCCAGAGGGUCUAAGUAACCAGUCCCCCCAGAUCCAGGCCCAUAUUUCAAGAGGCGCGACAUUGUUGGAUAUGUACGACGCAACUCUACCCUGCGGGCAAUUCACCUGUUGGCCUCUGCUUGUCCUCGGUUGUGCAGCAUGUCCAACGACCACAGUUGAGGCGCAACAAACUCACCCCAGCAAUAUUCCGGCUCUCAAUCGACUAGAACUGCGAUGUCUCAUUCAAGCGAAACUUGUGCAGAUCUGGCAUGUCUCAUAUUCAGGCUACGUCCAGCGCACCUUGGCCGCUUUGAAGAGAAUAUGGCAACUUCCCAGAAUACUUAGAAAGGUCUCAAUUGACACAUAUACUGAGAGCGAAGAAGUUACAUUCGAUGGACUUGAUGCACUCAUCCAAAAAGAAGGUCUAGGAGCAGGCCUAUUGUCUGCAGAGAAUGGCUAA